AUGUCUCACUCCUCAUCUCCACCAUCCCCUUUAUCUCCUGAAGACGAGAAGCCCGUAGCUCUCCCAGAAAUCCAGGAUACCGCCAACACAGACGCCGGUCGUCUUCAUGCUCUUGAGCAACUAGAGAUCCUCCCCCAGAUUUUGCAAGAGGGUAUUCUCUUCGCAGGAUCUGGCGCUGCACUUCUCCUUCAAGCAGCUAUGCCAGGAAUCCGCGCCAAUGAAAAGGAAACAUCCAAGGGCCUCGCCACCGAGCUCCUCGACUUCCUCCAAGAACACAUCAGCCAGAUAUCUAUCCUAGUGUUUGGCACAAAUGAAGAGCGCAAGGUGGUUCUGAGCUUGUUAAAAUCACAAGACAGUCGAUUCACACACAACCCGCCUCUCGCUUGCUGGAUGGCCGCAACCUUGUAUGCUACUGCAACGGAUUUCUACCAGCGUGUCUAUGGCCGCGUCGACUAUGAUACUGCUCAGCGCGGAUAUGUCGAGUUCUCCAUGCUGGUCAGCUGUCUUGGUAUGCCAGAGGGUGUAUGGCCUACAUCCCGAACUGCUUUCUGGUCCUACUGGGAUGAGCAGAUCGGUCAUCUGGAUGUCUCGCCAGAGGCAGCCAGUUUUGCGAAGGAACUUCGUGAGAGUACCAAUAUGCCGAAGUGGGUGCAGCGUAUCAAGCCUUUCUUGCGAGUCGUCACUAUUGAGAUGUUGCCGCCUAAGAUCCGAGAUGCCUAUGGUCUUCGCUCAACCACGGGCACUCGGGCGCUGUAUCGCACUUGGAUGGGCUUUUCGGUUGCUGUGUAUCCGGCUAUGCCAACUAAGUUCCGUUCUUACCCACUACGAUACUACCAAGAUCGUCUGAAGGAGAAGUUGAACGUCGUUUAA